GGAAAGACUGGUUCAUACUUGCAGUUCCUAAGGAUUCUCUUCCGCAUGCUGAUCCGGUUGCUGGAGGUAGAUGUGUAUGAUGAAGAAGAGAUUAAUGCCAAUCAUACAGAAAACAGUGAAGUUACUCAGUCUAGCAAUGACCACUGGCCAGACAUUGAGAUCUUCAGCAAAAUAUCUUUCGACCUGAGUGUACAUGACCCUAAGUACAGAAAUAUAAGUCCUGUAUACACAGAACAACUCUCAAGAGUGAAACAAGAAACAAACAAAGAAACAAAAUCAGAGGAACCUAAGAAAAGGGAGACUGUGUCCAUGAUGCUGACUAAAUAUGCAGCUUACAACACCUUCCAUCACUGUGAGCAGUGCCAUCAGUACAUGGACAUUAAUCCUGCUGCACAGGUGUCUGACUCCACUCUGCAUGCAUUUACGUUUUCAUCCUCGAUGCUGGGAGAAGAGGUUCAGCUGCAUUUUAUAAUCCCCAAGUCCAAAGAGAGCCAUUUUGUCUUCAGCAAACAGGGAAAACAUCUCGAAAGCAUGCGACUCCCACUCGUUUCUGACAAGCAGAAUUUGAAUGCAGUCAAGAGUCCCAUCUUCACCCCAUCGAGUGGACGUCAUGAACAUGGACUCUUGAACCUCUACCAUGCCAUGGAAGGCAUCAGCCACCUGCACCUCCUGGUAGUCAAGGAGUAUGAAAUGCCACUUUACCGGAAAUACUGGCCCAACCACAUCAUGCUUGUCCUGCCAGGCAUGUUCAACAAUGCUGGAGUUGGUGCUGCCAGGUUUCUAAUUAAGGAACUUUCCUACCACAACCUGGAACUGGAACGAAACCGCUUGGAGGAGCUGGGAGUGAAGCGCCAGUGCGUGUGGCCCUUCAUCGUGGUCAUGGACGACUCCUGCGUCCUGUGGAACAUGCACAGCCCCCACGAGCAGUCCAGCCAGUCUCUGGAGCCUGGGAGUUUCAGCAAGAAUGUGUCUUUGAAAAGUGUCCUCCAACACAUUGAAGCCACCCCCAAAAUUGUUCAUUUUGCAAUACUGGGUGUUCAGAAGUGGAACAGCAAGCUGAACACCAGGAAAUCCAAGGCUCCGUUCUCCAGGUGCCACGUGCGUGAUUUUAUACUGCUCAACAUAGACCUGACCCAGAAUGUGCAAUAUGACCUAAACAGGUAUUUCUGUGAAGAUGUGGAUUUCAAUCUGCGGACCAACAGCAGCGGCCUCCUCAUCUGCCGCUUCAACAACUUCAGUGUCAUGAAGAAACAUAUUCAGGUUGGAGGACAAAAGGACUUCGUUGUUAAGCCAAAAAUCAUGGUCUCAGAGAGCGUGGCACCAAUAAUGCCUCUUCAGUAUGUCUGUGCCCCUGACAGCGAGCACACAUUGUUGGCAGCCCCGUCUCAGUUCCUCCUGGAGAAAUUCCUUCAACACGCAACCUACAAACUCUUCCCCAAGGCCAUUCACAACUUCAAGAACCCGGUAUUGGCCAUCGACUGCUACCUGAACAUCGGGCUCGAGGUGGCCAUAUGCUACAUUAGCUCUCGCCCACACUCAGUCAAUGUCAACUGUGAAGGGGUGUUCUUCAGCGGACUGCUGCUCUAUCUCUGCGACUCCUUUGUCGGUGCAGACCUCCUCAAGAGGUUCAGGUUUCUCAAAGGUGCCACCCUGUGUGUCAUAUGUCAAGACAGAAGCUCGCUACGGCAGACAAUAGUGCGGUUGGAGCUGGAGGAUGAGUGGCAGUUCCGGCUUCGGGAUGAGUUUCAAACUGCAAACAGUAGUGAUGAUGAACCUCUCUAUUUCCUCACGGGACGCCACAUAUAAGCUUCGCUAACCGCUAACAAAGAAAAAAAAAGAACUUUUUUUUUAAAAAGUACAAUCACUGUGGAGCAAAGUGCAACCAAUAUUUAUCUUGACUGCUCUAAAGGAUUCCCCGUGUUCUGAAGAAGCUUUAUUCCUUGGGGUAAAAUUACCACAUUGGUUAUGAUUUAAAGGAUCCUGGAUUCCAGUUAUUCUCAUAUCGUUCACAACCACCGACGCCAAUCAUACAGCCAACCAAGCUGUAGGAUCUGGGAAGAGGAUGUUGUUUCAUCAAAGAAGAAUCCUUUUUAUAUUCAGCUGAGUUAGGGGAAGAAGCUGCUUUCCUCUUGCAGCUGUAAGCUUGAAUGUGUUACAUGAAAUGCACCCUAGCAUGUGGAAUUUAUCGAAGAUAGGUGGAGGAGAGCCCACCAUGUCUCUUCAGCUCUGUGCUGUGGUACAGGAAUACUCAGGGGUUUGAAACUACAAUAUAAAGUAGAUAUUUGUAUUACGAGGAAUAGUCUUGUUCUCUGUGCAGUGUUAGUUUAAAAUUUGUAAUUGUGUACGUAUUGAAACUGUCUUUGGCAAAAUUUCCACAGGUGUUCAAAGUUUACUACUUAAACCUGAACAAAUGGGCAAACACGUGGCAGGCACUGUGCACCCUUAGCAAUGGUAUUUCGCCCCAGCAGGCUCCUCAGCUCCAGGGCCCAAAGCAAAAGGCUUCUCAGAGCUGCUCUCUCUUCAGUCAGAGGCCAGAGUAACUUCCCAGCAAAUCACCCUCCGUUUCUCACUCUCCUCAGAGCUUUGGAAACUUGCGGUCCGUCCCCCUUUGCGUAUUGGAAAUGCAUCCUCCUGUUUGUCCGGUGCCUUUGUGGUGGACUGCCUGCAACUCAUUCUCCUUUUUCUUUACACUCGACUCCAGUUGGCUGCAGAGCUGAGAUCAGGUCAUACCCCUGUAUGAAGCAACACACCAAGAAAUGUGCAGGAGUGUAACAGUGCCUGAGCUGGACCCAAGAGAAACAGAAAGUAUUCUACAGUAGCUCCUAGGGGGGGAGCAGAGGAGAAGUCCCAGGGAGCUGGGACUGCUCAGGAGGGACUCUCCAGAAGCAGAGAUGUGUGAUCACAUCACCUGAAACCAUCAUCCGUGUACCUCUGUAAAUACUGGCUCUGCAGCAGUCACACACUGUUGUAUUUCCAGCUGCAAUACUGAUCCUCGUGAAGGUGUUCCAGGAUCAACUCGAUGCCGUAGCAUUUGGCUGUCAGAGGUGUAUGCAGCAGUGCUCUGUUCCCCUCACGCUUAGCAGGUGUUGUCUCCCUGAGGUUUACACACACAUCCCCCAACAAUUGUCUUUCUGCACAUCUUGAUCCCCCCUUUAUCAAUAAGAAAAAUGCAGAGUGUUCUUAAAGGCUAUUCAGGAAUAUGAAUUUACUCCCCCAAAAAGCAAUGAAAUUAAUGCAUCUUUAUACCUGACCUGCAGUCAUUGCAGAAGGACCUGCCAAAGCUGCAUUUUUUUUUAAGGCAUAGUGUUAAUUAAGCAACUUUUUUUAUCUUGUGAAGAGAUGUUUACAGAUGAAUAAACAUAAUAUAUUUGACAGAGAGCCAAAGGAAAAUGGUUUGCAUAUGUCUGUGUUGAUGUAGCAUUAUUUCUGAUGCUGUAAAUUUAGCAAAUUUCACAUGAACAACCCCUUUCAGUAAUUUUUUUUUUAUUUUCCUUCAGAUACAACCUGCCUUACCUAUUUUAACACUGGGAAGACAUAGGGAUAUAAAAAAUUAUUUGUUUGCUACAUGCCUGAAUGUAUUCCAGUAGCUCUGGUUUUGCCAGAGGGCUUAAGGCCAGCCCCCAGUCUUAGCACGGUGUAGAAAAGUGUCAGGUAUUACAUGUUCAAAAAUGGUUUCCUUUUUGUUCAUGUAUUUGAUGUUUGCACUAAGUUCUUAAAAUUCCAGGUGCUGAGACUAGCAGGAGGAGCUAGCCCACUGGUGGAGCAGAGCAAAAUCAUCCUGAGGGCUGAGAGUGCAUUUAGAAAAUCAGUGUAUUUGCCUGCCUUUACCAGCAAAUAGUAACCCAUUUCCUUAGUGCUGUCCCCUAUGGAAGCAAGGAGUUUUGGUAAUGCUCUGGCCAGAGUGCACUACACCAGCCCCAACACCACAGGCCUGUCCCAUGGGACACUUUAAAUUGGCUGCCUGUGAAUUCCUGGCAAGGAGACCCUUGGCUGACAGGCACAUGAUUGCUAUUCCAUUUUGGUUUUAAGCCUUGCCAUUAAGGCCAUUCUUAUGAAUGUAUGAAAAUUGGCCAGCGUUAUAUUUUACCUGUAGAUGUUCUUGUCUAUUCACAGGUUAAAACUGAAUGUAAACUAAGAUUUAAAGAAUCAUAUGCAGAUGCUUUUUGCUUAACUUAUGUAAUUGCUUUUUGUGACUUUUGGAAGAGGGUUAAAAACGUUGCUUUCCUAGUGUAAAGUUUUCUUAACCAAAAACUUGGUGAAUCUAGCUUCACUAGUCAGUCUACCUCAUGUUAUUGUUUAUGAACUGAAACUGUCUGAAGUUGUGGCUAUGGUAUGUUUAUAAUGUGCUUUCAUUAAAUUUGAAUAUAUUAAGUUACCAUUUCA